CUCCCCCCUCCCCCCUCCUUUCAGUCCCCUCCCUCAGUCCGCGGUGGGGGUGGGGGUAAAUGCCACCUGCUCUCUCCUCUUGCUUCAGUCAGAAUCCCCUUUAAUUUCCCAAAGUCACCCCUGGGUCCGCGGAGCCCUUCCUGCAGCCCGCCUUGGCAGCAGAUUAAAGAAGCUGUCAUCCUUUAUCUCGGCCAUGUGACCCUCGCUAAAGGGAGAGUUCCCUACUCCCCCACCGGGGGCGGGGGAUCCUGUGGGCCCCGCCUCCUGAACCACGGUCUGAACCUCUUCAAACGCACCCAGAGCCAACUGGGGAGCCCCCCGCCACAAGCCAGCCCGGUCCUGGGGCAGGUUAAGAGGCCCCCAGAGCUCUGGACAGACGGUCACUCGUGGUGGGGAGAGCUGGUUUGGUUGUCAUGGCGAUGAUGCAGUUGGCCUGGGCCCUCCGGGCCACUCCCGCGGUCGACAGGCUGUGGAGUUCCGGAGGCACCGCGGGCACUCGGAGAAGGCUGAGCGGCAGCGUGCGGCGGUGGGCGGCGAGGGGUGCCAGCCCGGGGCGCCGGCUCAGCACCGCUUGGGCGUCCGCCCAGCCAGAGCUAGAAGAGGCCGUGGGUGUUGAGGACGAUGCCCACUCACCUGCAGACAACAAGCCAUUGUGGGCGACACCCCCCGCGCCCCCGGUGCCCCCCGAACCUCCCGGGCCCGCGGGCGGCCGCUCGCUGGUGCAGAGGGACAUCCAAGCCUUCCUGAACCAGUGCGGCGCCAGCCCCGGGGAGGCGCGCCACUGGCUCAUGCAGUUCCAGACCUCGCACCACCCUGCGGACAAGCCCUUCGCUGUUAUCGAGGUGGAGGAGGAGGUGCUCAAGUGCCAACAGGGCGUGUCCAGCCUGGCCUUCGCCCUGGCCUUCCUGCAGCGCAUGGACAUGAAGCCCUUAGUGGUCCUGGGGCUGCCCACCCCCACGGCGCCCUCAGGCUGCCUUUCCUUCUGGGAGGCCAAGGCUCAGCUCGCCCGGAACUGCAAAGCGCUGGUGGACGAGCUGCGGCACAAUGCCGCCGCGGCGGUGCCCUUUUUCGGUGGCGGGUCGGUGCUAAGCGCCGCCGAGCCGGCCCCCCACGCCAGCUACGGGGGCGUCGUCUCCGUGGAGACCGACCUGCUGCAGUGGUGCCUGGAGUCGGGCAGCAUCCCCAUCCUUUGCCCCAUUGGGGAAACGGCCGCGCGCCGCUCCGUGCUCCUCGACUCGAUGGAGGUGACCGCCGCGCUGGCCAAGGAGCUGCAGCCCACCAAGAUCAUCUUCCUCAACAACAGGGGCGGCCUGCGCGACAGCAGCCACAAGGUCCUCAGUAACGUGAACCUGCCCGCUGAUCUGGACCUGGUGACCAGUGCCAAGUGGGUGAGCCCCAAGGAGCAGCAGCAGAUUCGGCUCAUUGUGGACGUGCUCAGCCGACUGCCGCCCCACUCCUCGGCCGCCAUCACCGCGGCCGGCACGCUGCUCACCGAGCUCUUCAGCAACAAAGGGUCCGGGACCCUGUUCAAGAACGGCGAGCGGAUGCUGCGGGUGAGCAGCCUGGACAGCCUGGACCAGGGCCGCCUGGUGGACCUGGUCAACACCAGCUUCGGCAAGAAGCUCCGAGACGACUACCUGGACUCGCUGCGCCCGCGGCUACGCUCUGUCUACUUCUCGGAAAGGUACAACGCCGCCGCCAUCCUGACCACAGAGCCGGUCCUGGGGGGCACCCCGUAUCUGGACAAGUUCGUGGUGAGCUCCAGCCGCCAGGGACAGGGCUCCGGCCAGAUGCUGUGGGAGUGCCUGCGGCGGGACCUGCGGACGCUUUUCUGGCGCUCCCGAGUGACGAACCCCAUCAACCCCUGGUACUUCAAGCACAGCGAUGGCAGCUUCUCCAACAAGCAGUGGAUCUUCUUCUGGUUCGGCCUAGCCGACAUUCGAGACUCCUACGAGCUGGUCAACCACGCCAAGGGGCUGCCGGACUCCUUCUGCAAGCCGGUUUCUGACCCUGGCAGCUGACCCUGGCCACCAGUCCCGCAGGCCCUGGGACAGCCGGGGUGGACCAAAAGCCACGUCCGCUGGAAGGGAGCCCGGGCAGCCACGAGCUGGACCUGGUCUGUUGGCUGAGUGCUCCGCGAGGAGGAAGCGGCCCCUACUCUCCUCUGCCCAGAGGCAGAGGGCGAAGUGGAACCAGCUCGGGAAGGAGGAGGGUCCACCCAAGACCCCCGCUUGCUCCAAAGCCACAACCACUCGGCCUUCACCUUUCAGUCUAGGGAUCUGGGGUAGGGGGCAGGGGCGGGCUCGCCUUCAAGGGUUCUUCUGCUCAGGGCUCGCCUGAAGAACAAGUCCGUUUCUGUGGCCUCUGUGCUGUGUUUUGAGGCGUGCUUGACCCAACUAUGACCCCUAUCCACCUGACAUUCCACCACUCGUUUUAAUCCCUUUAGGUCUUCCAACUUCUCAGGAGGCUUUGAUUAAAGUGCAAACUGUGUCUGAGA